AUGCCAAAAUCCGCGGAUUUUGGCCAGAAUAAAGAACCGAAUAUUCCGGACGAUCAACCGGGGACAUCAGCAUCGACGUCGCAGUCUUUCACUCAAGGUACCUUGUUUUAAAUUAUUUUUUCCACUUUUAGGUACCAAAAGCACUACUAAAGGAUUAGAUUGAAAAUCCGGCAUAAAGAGCUGGUUUUCAAGUUUAUAAACAUAACUUAAAAAAUCGAUAAAUUUGAAGCUUGGUUAAUACAUAAUUUUCAAAAGGUUUAAACAAUAUGAGACUUGCGGCCUAAAUUUCAAGUUUCGUGCAAUUUUGUAAAAAAUCUUAAUUUUAAACACACAUACUAGCAAAAUAUAAAUCCCUAACAAAAAAAUGUUUUAUCAAAACACUUUUCAUCCUUCAAACUUCUGAUAACACCGAAAACUCCUUGAAUUAUCGAUUUUUGCAGCGAAAAAGCCAAUCAAAAGAGACCCUACAACACAUCGCUUUUUGAAGUCCAGAAGGCUCUACGAGUCUAACGAAUCGCCUAAAACCCAUCCUUUUGUGACCAACUGGACCAUUCAUGUACAUAAGAACAGUCCAUUGGCCCUAUAUUCAGGGAAGCACUCCACCAAGCAAUCAUUGGGGGGAUAUGUUUAUACAGGCGAAAAGGAAGUGGACAGAAUCACGAACACUCUGAAGAGACUCGGAGGUCGGUUUUAUCAUCCUUUUUCGAUAGAUCAAUAACCAACUUGUAUACAGUUUUGUUGAUUCUGUCUUUGAAUUUUCAUUUUUCAAAAAUAUUUGAGAAAAUUUUAAAUUUAUUCUUGAAACUAUUGAUCGGUAAGGAGUGGCUGAUCGAUAAAGGUCGUUUUUUCAAAAUUCAAAAAGUUUUUGUGGAAUCUAAAGAAAAUAUUUAAUAAAUGGUGGUUUUAGAAUUGCCCCAAAAGAUUUUUGACCCUCUGGAAGAGAAUGAGUUCAAGGAGCGACGGAAAAGCAUCGACGAGGACCUGGAUAAGGUGGAUCGACUGUUCGAGACUGAGACGAGGGAAAACAGCCAAGCACAAGCAAUCGGGUGGUUGGCUGAUAGGAUUUGUUGGCGACAAUUACCUCAGAUAGUGCGAAAAGAAAUUAUACGACAAGAUCCUCAACAAACGUUCGAGACUAAAGUGUUUAAGAAGGCGGACUUGGCCAAGUUAAUAUACCCUAACUUUGUGGACUGGCUUGAUGACUGGGACAUCAUGCCGGCUCCAGGGAACGCGUUGUUUGAGAAUAUUGAAGAUCCUAACCAUUAUGACCGAGGGGAACCACCAAUAUCUUGUUGUAUAUUUACAAAACAUAGGAAUGGACAAGUCAGUAGAUGUUUAAGGGAGCCUGUGAAGGGAUUCAACUCUAAAUUAUGUCAGAAGUCGAUCAGAAAACAGUUUCCAUUCUUCUGGAGCAAAACGGUAAGAAUUUUUUGUUAUUCCAGAUUUUAAGUAGCAUUUAUACCUUUUGUAAACUAUUUCACAAAUAAAUAUUUAUAUAAUAAUAUAUCCUAAAACUGGAAUUUUUAGGUGAUAUCACCGGCUGUCUGUAACUUUCAUUAUCAAGUCAUGGAAAACGAGAAGAAAAGUACGGAGGACAACCCAUUAUUUGAAAGGGCUUUGGGAAAGUACGAUGUUGUUGAACCUGUCCAGUUCGAUUCUGAUGCCCAAUUUGAAGAAGUCUCUGAAUACAUUAACGAUGCUUUGGAGAAGACACGAGAUGAGCAUAGAGAAGCGCUUAGUUUCAAUACAAGGUUUUGGAAGUUGAUGGAUGUGAGUUAUCUUGUUGUUUUUAAACUAAAAAUUCUGAAAAUAACUUUUUUAUAAAGUAGUUUAUCAAAAGCUUAGGUUUUUAUAUUUUUAACUUUUUAUCAUGUUUUAGCCACCCAAAUUGCGAGAGCCACUAAAUAAAGUGCGAUCAUUCGAAAGGCCGUCUAGAGAUUACACGGGAAUGAAAGUAGAAGACACCGAAGUGUUAGUUGAAACCAUUUACAGGCGAAAAAAGAAGAAUCAAUUAGCUAAAGCCUCUAAUCUGCAGACAGAUUCUAAUGGAUUUGAAGUAGAAGAAGGAAAGGUAAGAGUUGACACUUUUAUUCUGUUUUAGGUUAAAUUUAUUACGGUGUUCUUAACCACUACGUCUUUAAUUUCAAUAUUUUCAGAAAAAGUCAAAACGAAAGUAUUCCAACCAAACGGUGGAUUCAGAAGGUCUUGCGUCGUUCUCGGACGAUGACGAUUCUGAAUACUUGACUGAUAUUGAACUGAGCGACAAGCUUUCUGGCUGGCUAUCGCCUAAACCUAGAUGCAAAUGUGGUCCAACUUCACCCGUGGCAAAUCGCUUUGUAGAAGAUGAAAGUUUGGACAACAGCACGUGGAAGAAGAAUAGGAUACAGAAGGCGCUACAGAUAGGAUUCUUAAAUGCAGUGAAGCCUGAACCAAAAGAGACAAAAGCAGAAGCCAAGAAGGAUAACAAGAAGUCCAUGUUAUCACCACGACCAACAACUUCUAAACAUGCGUUCGAUGAAGAUGUGAUAUUGUCGAGUCUUCCGUCAGCCGUUAGCAGUAAGAAGAAUGGACGAUUGGAGCUGGACUCAUCGUCAGAAGAGGAAGAGUACGAGAGUGAGAGAGUGCUACGCGUGUUUGGACUUUUGAAUAAAGCUGAUUCGGUACCGGAUCCUAAAUUAACAUUUGAUGGGUGUUCUGGAGCUACUAUACGACGGAUAAAGAAGCAUUACAACCUACCAAACAGGUCUGGAGCUACUUCUAAGUCAUUGGUAAGUCUAGAUAUUUUGUUAUUUUAGAUAAUCAAAACAAGUUGAUAUUACAGUUAUAACAUAUUUAAUCAUACGUCACAACAAUUUAUAUUUUUAGUUACUCGAUGGUCUUCACGACUUCUUUACGGAGUCUCCAGUCGACUACAUUAAAACGAUGUCGGACUUUAUCACUCACACAAAAGAACCUCGUCCUCCUCUUGGCCAAACUCCUUCUCAUUUGUCCACCAUCUCCAACAAUCAGCAUACUUCUUCAGCUGAAGUCUCUCCUAAUAUGGUGCCGAAGAAACGAAAGUACACAAGGCACGAUGAGAACCACAAAAACAAUUCUAACGUUCCGCCAAAGAAAAAGUUACUAUCCAAGAAACUGAACAGUGAUAAGAAAACUACGAACACCGAUAUCAGCAUACGUGAACAUCUGAAGAUGCAGAUGAAGUUGCAGAAGAAGAAGGACGAGAUCUCGUUGGAGGCCACGGAGAACAGUCUGGACAACAUCAGCGACCACGACAUCAAGCAGGAGGAGGUGAUCGAAGAAGGAGUUGUCUACCCACCCACGGCAGAAGGCGGCUUCGAUACGGUAAGUGAAGCCAGCAAAUGCGUUAUUUCAAGAACCCAUUACAGAUCACCUUCCAAGAGCCGGUCAACAACUUCGUUGACGCCAAUAAUCGCCCUUCAUCUGCCAAACCGGUGAACUACAUUCUUCCUACAGUACCUUCUACAUCAUACCAACUCCCCACGUCUCAAAUCAGACGAAACGGUGUAGCAUACCUAACCGGUGGCAUCGGCAUUAAUCAUCAGAGCUCCCUGAUCAACCAAAGCUCCGCUAAACGUCACAUAUCACCUCAGCCGUCUAACUCCAACAACGUCGGGUCUCAACCCCUGAGGCCCAACGUUCAAUAUUACCAACCCAAGACCUUCACACAACUGAAUCCCUCUACCAUCCUCAGCACCAAGGCCGACAACAACACGGCUAGCGACAAGUCCAAGGAUAAGUUCCCGCGCCAAAUACUGUCGGCGACUCACAAAACGUAG